AUGUCGCGUCCAUUCCCAUACAGCUACAUCUCGUGCCCUUGCGCCGACACCCCAAUCCCUGACCCCGCCAAAAAGCGAAGGUCGAGAGAGUCGUCACAGAAAGCAACACCGGAGCGAACAGAUGCCACAGAUGAUGCGACUACACCAAAACAGGAGGAUGACCAAGAUGAGGGAGACUCAGAUGAAGAGCAGACAUUUGAUCCUAGAUCUCUGCGGUCCAACUUCUCGCUGUAUCCACCCGAGCAGCUUCUAUACUGUGAAGAUUGUCACCAAAUCAAGUGCCCCCGAUGCAUAACCGAGGAAAUCGUGAGCUGGUACUGUCCAAACUGUCUAUUUGAGACACCAAGUAGUAUGGUGAAAAGCGAUGGCAAUCGGUGUGGACGUAAUUGCUUCAAUUGCCCUGUCUGUACAGCCCCGCUGGCCGUGAGCACCAUUGAGAACGUAACGGGCAAUGGAAGCCAACAAGGGCCAUGGGUUUUAUCUUGUGGAUACUGCAUGUGGACGACACUUGACAUCGGUAUCAAGUUUGACAAGCCGACCAAUAUCCGUAGUCAGCUGCAAAAGAUGACCGAUUCCACUGCAUCCCCAGCCUACGAUGCCCGAUCAAGACAAGGCUCUCGUGCAUUCGGUGAUUUAAAAUCGCCUUUAUCAACCUUGAUCUCAGCCGAGGGACAACCCAGCGCGCCCAACGACAACGACAAUGGCAACGGCAACGGCAGUGAAGAGCAAACAAAAGAGGACUCAACAGAUGUGGCACCUGCCAACACAGAUGCCCGCUUCGCAGCAUUGAAAUCCUUCUACCGCAACCAGAUCUCAGAAACAUCAAACUCACCCAACGAUCCUCUUUCAGAAUUCGGAUUCUCCUCGCCCGGCGCUCUAAACCGCCUCAUGUCCCUCUACGCAUCCUCAUCACGUCUAAGCGGACUAUACGGCGGCAACAAGAAAGCCAAAUCAAAGCCCCCAGUCAUGCGUGAAGCCCUGACCGCCAGCGAGGGUCUCCGUGUUACACCCGCAGGCGAAGAAGCCGCUAUAAUCGAGCGUCUCGCCUCCCCAGAGGGCGGCUGGGAUAGCAUCGCAUCACUCGAGCAGCGCGCACAGCAAUCACCAGAUGUCCGCUUUGUCGACGAGCUCCUCCCACUACCUGUCCUCCUCCGCACCAAGCGCGCAAAGCGCUGCAAGUCCUGCAAGCACAUCCUCGUCAAACCAGAGACGAAGCCGCAAUCCACUCGCUUCCGUAUUCGUCUCAUCGCCCUUAGCUACAUCCCGCUGCCUACCCUGCGUCCUCUGGCUCUACCUGCCCCGUCAUCGUUUACGUCGGCCACCGUAACGCAGACACCAGAUCUGGACUCCUUGCCUCCACUUAGGCCCGUGCAUGUUCUUCUCACGUUGAAGAACCACAUGUUCGAUCCCGUUCGCAUCACCCUGGCCACACCAUCCGUGACCCCAGGCCGCGUGGCUAGUAAAGUGACCAUCCUAAGCCCGCAAUUCGAGAUCGGUGCAAACAGCGAUGUAUGGGACGAGGCUUUGGCAGGCGCCUCGGCUCCUGUCGGAGACUCACGUUUGACCGGUAUACGAACCGCAGAAAAGGUACCGGAGGCCGGCAAAGUGUGGGAUAAAGGCCGGAACUGGACGACUGUCGUGUUGGAGGUCAUUCCGGGGACGUUGCCGGGGUCUGAAGCUGAUACUACUAAUGCUGGCAACGAGGAUGCUGGAGAUGAGGGCGCGAUCGCUUUGAAGGAGGAUGAGGAUGUGUUGGAGAUUCCAGUUUUCGUGCACAUGGAGUGGGAUGCGGAGGCGCAGCUUGAGCAGCAGAAUGUUGGGAAGGCCUCUAAGCCUGAUGAUCUUGUUGCGAGGGAGUUGGCUUACUGGAUGGUUUUGGGCGUUGGGAAGAUUCAGGCCGCGUUGUAG